AUGGGAGUCGGCAACAAGCGCACCCUGACCAAAACCCGUCGCCAUACACGGGACCUCGACCAGAUCAAGGCCGACCUGCUCUCGCCCAAACAUCUGUCGCAGUGGAAGGAGACGAAGGCGACGGAGGACCUGCCGGGCCUGGGAAAGUGGUACUGCACGGAGUGUGCCAAGUGGUUUGACACCGAGUCAAGUAUGGUCCUGCACCAGAAGGGCAAGCCCCACAAGAGAAGAGUCAAGCAGCUGAAGGAGGAGCCCUAUACCCAGAAGGAGGCCGAGGCGGCGGCGGGCUUGACUACCAACAACGUAGGCCCCAGUCGAACCACUGCCGGAGGGGACGACGAUAUGGCCAUGGCAACUUGA